AUGCCUCCUUUGGUUCCUCAGACACCUCACAAGGACGACCUUGAUGAAACAUGGACGUUCUUGGAAAAGGGUAUCGACAGCGUGAUGCUGAAGUUGGAGGAAGGGGUGGAUAUGAAAACAUACAUGGCCCUUUAUACUGCGGUUCAUAACUUUUGCACAUCGCAAAAAGCCGUUGGAAAUGGCCAGGGUUUACAGGCACACCGCGGGGCACACCUUCUAGGGGAGGAAUUAUACAAACUGCUCGGAGAAUACCUUUCGCGCCAUCUCGAUGCAGUGUAUAGUGAGUCGAAGGGACAUACCGAAGAAGCACUUUUAGGGUUCUACAUUCGCGAAUGGCUUCGUUACACCACUGCAGCCAAGUACAUCAACCAUCUUUUCAGAUACUUGAAUCGCCAUUGGGUCAAACGGGAAAUUGACGAGGGCAAAAAGAAUGUAUACGACGUGUAUACCUUGCACUUGGUCAAGUGGAAGGAUGAUUUCUUCAUGAAGGUCCAUGAGAAAGUCAUGGAUGCAGUCUUAAACCUCGUUGAAAAGCAAAGAAACGGUGAGACAAUUGAGCAGUCACAAAUCAAGAGUAUCGUCGAUUCUUUCGUCUCGUUAGGCCUGGAUGAGAGUGACAGUACCAAGUCAACACUAGAAGUAUACCGCUUCUAUUUCGAAAAGCCCUUUAUCGCUGCCACUCGUGUUUAUUACGAAAACGAGUCGCGUCAGUUUGUGACAGAAAACAGUGUUGUUGAAUACAUGAAAAAAGCGGAAGCCCGUCUUGACGAAGAGAAAGCCCGUGUUGGCUUGUACUUGCACCCGGACAUUUCCAGGAAUCUCACUGAGACAUGUCUGGAUGUACUUGUUACCACUCAUUCCGAACUUCUCCGUGAUGAGUUCCAGGUACUCUUGGACAAUGAACGGCAGGACGACUUGGCUCGUAUGUACCGACUCUUGUCGCGAAUCAAAGAUGGCCUGGAUCCUCUGCGAACAAAAUUCGAGACCCAUGUCAGAAAAGCUGGUCUUGCUGCGGUCGAGAAAGUUGCUGCGGAAGGCGAAUCGUUCGAACCCAAGAUGUACGUGGACGCAUUGCUUCAAGUGCACACCAGAUAUCAGAGUCUGGUUAAUGAGGCCUUCAAUGGUGAGUCUGAAUUUGUCCGGUCUUUGGACAAUGCUUGUCGCGAGUUUGUGAAUCGCAAUAAAAUCUGCGCGUCUAGCUCGACGAAGUCACCAGAGCUGCUGGCCAAAUACACGGAUUCGUUGCUAAAAAAGGGGUCAAGGGCUGCUGAAGAAUCGGAAUUGGAGGAGAUUUUGGUGCAAAUUAUGACUGUUUUCAAGUACAUUGAAGACAAGGACGUCUUCCAGAAAUUCUAUUCAAAAAUGCUGGCCAAGCGACUGGUGCACGUCAGCUCAGUGUCUGACGACGCGGAAACUAGUAUGAUCAGCAAACUCAAGGAGGCUUGUGGCUUUGAAUAUACAAACAAACUACAACGAAUGUUCCAGGACAUCCAAAUUUCGAAGGAUCUGAACGCAAGCUAUAAAGACUGGCAAGACAGAGCUCUGGAUGACGAUGAUCGGAAGAAGCUGGUUGACACCCAUUUCCAAAUCUUGGGUACCGGAUUCUGGCCCCUUCAAGCACCCUCUACAGACUUCCUCGCACCACCAGAAAUUGUCAAAACUGCGGAACGUUUUCAGAGUUUCUAUUUUGAUAAGCACAACGGCCGGAAGCUGACUUGGCUGUGGCAAUUAUGCAAGGGCGAGAUCAAAACGAACUAUAUCAAGAACACCAAGGUUCCCUACACUUUUCAAGUAUCGACCUUCCAAAUGGGUAUUCUGUUGCUGUUCAACGAAAACGACACUCUAGAGUAUUCAGAUAUUCAAAAGGCCACAUCGCUUGCGCCAGAAAUCCUUGAUCCAAACUUGGGCAUCCUACUCAAAGCAAAAGUGCUUAUUGUAAGCCCUGAGGGUGCAAAACCAGGCUCUGGAACAACGUAUUCUUUGAACUACAAUUUUAAGCACAAGAAAAUAAAAGUUAAUCUGAACAUCCAAAUCAAGUCUGAGCAGAAGGUUGAGUCAGAUGACACACAUAAGACGAUAGAGGAGGAUCGUAAGCUGUUGCUUCAGUCUGCCAUUGUUCGCAUCAUGAAAUCGCGUAAGAAGAUGAAGCACGUACAGCUAGUCCAAGAAGUCAUUCAGCAGGUUAAAUCCCGCUUCCCUCCAAAGGUCCCGGAUAUCAAAAAGAAUAUUGAGGCUCUGAUGGAAAAGGAUUAUAUAGAGCGUUUGGAUGGUGACGAAAUCUCUUACAUUGCAUGA